AUGCAAGCAGAUGUGAGUCUCAGACCCUCCGCAAUUCGCCCCCUCAUUAUGUACGGAUCCAAAACUUGGGCAGCACUCUCUGCAGUGAUGAAAAGGCUUGAAUGCACGGAAAGUGAGCUGCUUAGACGGCUGGUCGGCUACUCUUGGCCUAGAGUAUGCACAAUGGACGGCGCUGUUGGCGGUGAUGGAAAAGCUCGACAGCAUGGAGUGAAAGCUGUGAUGUACUGA